CUGGAAAGUUAAUCUUUGAACAGGAGCAGCUUAUUGCACUUCCUUUCAGUACAAAAUAUAAAUCGAGCUUAGGGUAUAUUUAGAUUUUUUUAUUUUUUUUGUGUGUUUUCAUAUUACCUAAACUCAAAUCCAUACUUGAAAACCAAAUCAAUUCAAAUCAUUUGAAGCAGCAAGAAAAAGAUCAUCAUGUGGGAAGGUGUUAUCAUGUACCCCCUUCUUCCUCAUGGCCAACUUAGCAGCCAUUAUUAAUAUUAUGAUUGCCACAAUAAUACUACCUUGUCAAAGGAAUGUAGGAAAUUCUAUUAACAAAAAGUAAGGGGCAAUCAUUCCCUCAUCCUAAACUACCCUCUCAUGCAAAUUAUCAAACAAUCAAAAUCCCAACUUUUAUAACUACUAAUUGAGAAAGGGAGUCCUAAUUCUUAGAUAUCAAAUCCAUUUCCAUUCCAUUCUGGGUCCCAUCCUAAUUCCCCCAAGAUCCCCAACCGAUAAAGAUAAUGCCAAUUACUAGUAUCAAAGUUGUAUCAAAGAAAGAUAAAAGAAUGAUGAAAAUGCACAGAAGAGCACAAGACCAAGACCUUGGUUUGUUGCUUUUGGGGAUGCUGCCAGUUCAGUACUGAAGACAGUACAACCCAACUUCCUCCGGGUCUUUUUCUCUGUGCUGCCAUUAAUUUUCCUUGGAUUCAAUUCAAAUGGCGGUCUCCUUCUCCUUCUCCUCUCUUCCAACUUGCGGCCGUAUUUUUACUCCCUGUUCUUGACUUCUUCUCAUAAAUGCCUGACAACUCCAGAACCAUUAUUCACUGCCCUCCCUUACCAAUCAGUGGUGUCUCUCUAUUAAAUUCUGCUUCCUUUUCUUCAACUGCCUCCCAACAACAAAAUCUUGUUCCCAUCUAACUGAUUCCCACAACCCACAUUUUCGGUACCGUUUCUUUAUCUGAGACUUGCUCCAAUUGUUUUUCUGAGAGGCGAAAGAAGGCCAUUUUCUUCUUUCUUAAUUUGGGUAAUUCCUUUUGUUUCUCUACUCUUUCGCCCUUUCUCCUUCUCGGUUUUUCUCUUCCCUUCAAAUGCGACUCAAUUAAACUGCUCAUCAAAGAAAAAGAAGCUUCUUUUGGAGGCUACCUUGUCAAUUCUUGAAACCGGAGAAGUCGGCGAAAAUGGGAUGGCUGAAUGGAUUGUUUAUAGUGCUGUUUUGGUGGGGUUUUCUGGUCCCAACUACCUAUGAGUUGCAAUCCUAUGAGACCCAAAUUCUUCUCCAGUUGAGGAAGCAUUUGGAGUACCCAAUGCCUCUGGAUAUUUGGCAGAAUUUUGAUGGUGAUUUGUGUUUUUUGUCUCCCACCCCAAGAAUGAGCAUUUCGUGCCAGGGCAACUCUGUCACUGAGCUCAAAAUAAUGGGGGAUAAGCUUCCUUCUGCUCAGGUCAGUGAUGGUUAUUCAGGGUUCCCUGUGCAUAACCAGACUUUGUCCGACAGUUUCUCCAUGGAUUCUUUUGUUACUACACUCACUAGGCUCACCAACUUGAGAGUUCUUAGCUUGGUUUCUUUGGGUAUUUGGGGACCUCUCCCCGAUAAGAUCCAUAGGCUUUACUCACUCGAAGUUUUGGAUAUGAGUUCCAAUUUCAUGUUUGGUUCAAUUCCUGCUCAGAUUUCCAGGAUGGUUAGAGUUCAUACUAUGGUAUUUGAUGGCAAUUUCUUCAAUGACACCGUGCCUGAUUGGUUGGAUUCUUUGAGUAAUUUGACCGUAUUGAGCGUAAAGAACAACAGGUUGAAGGGUUCAUUUCCUCAUUCACUUUCCAGGGUUACUUCUCUCACUGAUGUUGUUCUGUCCCACAAUGCCAUUUCUGGCGAAUUGCCUGAUUUGAGUGCUUUAUCAAAUUUGCAUUUGUUGGAUUUGAGGGAAAACCGUCUAGACUCUGAACUGCCUGCAUUGCCUAGUGGACUAACAACACUUCUGCUCAGUAAUAACUCUUUUUCGGGUGCUGUCCCGUCACAAUUGGGGAAGCUAAACCAGCUUCAACAUCUUGAUCUUUCGAGAAAUUCUCUGAGCGGGAUGCCCCCAAGUGAGUUGUUCUCCCUGCCCAAUAUCAGUUACCUGAAUCUAGCUUCUAACAUGCUCAGUGGCUCACUUCCCAGGAGCAUGAACUGUGGGGAGGCUCUUGGAUUUGUUGAUAUUUCGAGUAACAGAUUGGUUGGAAGCCUUCCCUCUUGUUUGGACAGCACUUCUGGGAAGAGGAUUGUGAAGUAUGGAAUGAAUUGCUUGUCCAUAGAUACCAAGAACCAGCAUUCUAAAUCAUUUUGCCAAGAAGCCUCCACUUCGCAGAGGAAGCAUUUCCCCGGAAAAGCAAUAGCUUUGCUUGUUGGUGUUGUUGGAGGAAUUAUGAUUAUAGUCGUGCUCCUGGCGGUUGGGCUAUUCAUAUUCUGUAGGAAGACAGCCUCUCGAGGACCAGUAAAUCUGCACUCUGCACCAAAGGUUGUGCUUGAUAACUCGGCAUCUACAAUGUCUUCGGAACUCCUUGCCAAUGCCAGGAUAAUAUCUCAGGCAGCAAAGAUGGGGACACAAGGAAAUCUCGUGUACAGGUUGUUCUCAAUGGAAGAGCUGGCUGAAGCCACCCAUCGUUUUGAUCCUUCAGUGCUUCUUGGCGAAGGCUCAAUUGGGAAGAUCUACAAGGGGAAGUUAGAGAAUGGGAGUUAUGUGGCAAUCAGAUCUCUGAUUCUGCAUAAAAAGUUCCUAAUUCGGAACCUCAAGCUCCGGUUGGAUUUGCUAUCGAAGCUUCGACACCCCCAUUUGGUUAACCUGUUAGGUCAUUGCAUUGAUGGUGGCAUGCAGGAUGAUUCAGCUGUUAACAGAGUAUUCCUUGUGUACGAAUUCGUACCUAAUGGGAAUUUCCGUGCUUAUCUUUCUGAGACCAGCCCUGAGAAGGUCCUUAAGUGGUCUGACAGAUUAGCAGUCCUAAUUGGUGUUGCCAAGGCCGUGCACUUUCUGCACACAGGGGUUAUUCCCCCUUCUACCUCUAACCGGUUGAAGACAAAGAACAUACUUCUUGAUGAGCAUCUGAUUGCAAAGCUCAGUGACUAUGGUAUGUCCAUUAUCACCGAAGAAACUGAUAAGUCAGAGGCAAAGGGAGAUAGCUCUAAGCAACGGAACGUGACUAAGUUGGGGGAUGACGUAUAUAACUUUGGAUUCAUACUGCUCGAGUCUCUGGUUGGCCCAGUAGUAAGGGAUAAAGGAGAAGCUUUUCUGCUAGACGAAAUGGUAAGCAUAGCAAAGUCAGAGUCUAUUCUGUUCUACUAAUGUGAACUCUAUUUUCCUCUUGGAUAUGCGCCGAAAAGGCCCUAGUAUUGCACUCUUUUUUACUGCUUCGGGUUCAGCCUUAGGCCUGAAAAGAUGUUAUUAAAUGGUUGCAUUCUCGCCUUCUUUUUCCAAAAAAACAGACAUCUUUUGGCAGCCAGGAUGGUCGGAGAAAAAUGGUUGAUCCCAUCGUGCUAACGACUUCCUCACAAGAGUCAUUAUCCAUCGUCGUUUCCAUCACUAACAAAUGCAUAUCUCCAGAAGCAAGUCGCCCCUCAUUCGAGGAUGUUCUUUGGAACUUGCAAUACGCAGCUCAAGUCCAGGCUGCAGCUGAUUCAGAUCAGAGAUCGGAUGCUCCGUCACUGUCACAAGAUUCAUGACCCUAAUGCUACUUGUCAAUGAUGAAACUCGCCUGCUUCAGCGUGAUGGCCAGUUAACUAGGACUCCCCUUCCCCGGGUAUGGAACUAGUAUUCUGCAGCAAGUCUUGUUGAUGCUGUAAAUGUCGUCUUUUUUUGACCUCAAUCCUUUGGUUGUGAAAUAGGUGAUCCAUAGAUUAGGCUUUAGAGCCUUUCCUGAUAGGGGAUGCGGUUAGUGUGCAUCUUUCAUGUUCACAUUCUCUUCAUUUCUUGGGACAGCUUAUGUCAUCACAGAUCGACGGGUAUUAAAGUGUACAGCGUAUGAGUGUAAAGCUUUACUAGUAGGUUCACUUUUUUAAAAAAAGAAAAAGCAUAGCUUGCAAACUGUUGAGAA